AUGCAGUUGGAAAGCGUUGAACUCUGCUUUCCACAACUCCCUAACUCUUCCUGCAAGAAGCCGGCGCCUCCUUCUUUUGGCACUGCGCUUAUUUACUUAAUUCUGUCCGUCAUCUCUCUGCUCACUGUGGCUCUCAACCUGCUGGUCAUCAUCUCCAUCUCACACUUCAGACAGCUCCACACACCCACCAACCUCCUCCUCCUCUCUCUGGCUGUCUCAGAUUUUCUUGUCGGCAUCUUCGUGCAGCCAGUUGAAAUCCUGUUGAAACAGACCUGCUGGAUGCUGGGUGACCUCAUGUGUUCACUGUAUUAUGUUCUACCUUUUAUCAUACUCUCUGCCUCCGUGGGAAAUAUGGUGCUCAUAUCCAUCGACCGUUACGUGGCCAUUUUUGAUCCCCUGCAUUACUCCAUCAAAGUCACUAAUAAAGCUGUAACAAUAUGUGUUUUACUCUGUUGGAUUUGUUCUGUUUUCUAUGCCCUUAUUCUUCUAUUUGAUAACCUGAAACCCCUGGGCAAAUAUAAAUCCUGCUAUGGUGAAUGUGUGGUCAAGAUUGUAGUAAUUGUUGAUCUUGCUUUCAGCUUCAUUAUUCCCAUUACUGUCAUCAUUGUUCUAAAUAUGAAAGUAUUUGUGGUGUCUGUGUCUCAGGCUCGAGGAAUGAGGUCCCACAUUGCGAGUGUCUCACUCGAGCUUUCCAAGAGAGAUAAGAAAUCGGAGAGAAAAGCAGCCAGGACUCUUGGUGUUCUUAUACUUGUGUUUCUGAUAUGUUACUCUCCAAUUUACUGCAGCGCUCUCACACACUACAGUGGCUUGACCACUUCUUCAAAUGAGGCCACCCUGAUUUCUGUGAUGUAUUUUAACUCGUGUGUAAACCCCAUCAUUUAUGCCAUUUUCUACCCCUGGUUUAAAAAAACUAUUAGAUUUAUUUUCUCAUCUCAGAUGCUGCAGCCUGGCUCCCGAGAUGCCAGCAUACGGUAGAAAGACUGUGGAAUGAGUGCAAAGGCUGCCGUCCUCACGUUGUGUUUGUGUGUGUCAAUAUAUGAA